AUGGCACUAAAAGUCAAAGCUGUCUUUUUCGAUUUUAUGGGGACUUGCUUAGAUUGGCAUAGGAGUGCGGUAGACGCAUCACCGGCUUCGCUGUCUAAGGAAGACGCCUCAAAGCUCGUUCUUCAAUGGCGUCAGCAAUACUUCAACGAAAAUAGCUAUCGCCUCCAACAGAACCUGGCGCCGGAAGAUAUCGAUAUAACGCUUGCACGCGCUUUAGAUAUCGUUCUGGAUAAAUUCGACCAUUACAAGCCACAUUUCGGGGUAGAUGAGAAGAAGCGCAUGAUCCAAGAGUGGCAUUCGCAACAAGCCUGGCCGGAGGUACCACAGGCAAUCCAAAGCAUUCGGGAGGAUCUUGGGCUCGAGACUUUUGUCCAUGCCAAUGGAACAACGCGUCUCCAGCUGAACCUAACCCGAUCUUCUGGCUUGAAGUUCAAUAUGCUGUUCUCUAGCCAAAUCUUGGGUGUAUACAAGCCAAACCCAGAGGCGUAUAGAAAGGCAUUGGAGCUUGUCCAGCUGAGACCUGAUGAAGUGGUCUUAGUAGCAGCCCACGCGUAUGACUUGCGAGGCGCAAAGAAUUGUGGAAUGAAAACUAUCUACAUCCAUCGAUGGACCGACGACAUUGAGGAAGAUAUGGAGCAAGUUCGUGGCGAGUUCGACGUUUUCUUGGAGGACAUGGAAUCCCUUCCCGCUGCGAUUGCAAAUCUUUAG